AUGUUGAAUCGUCAAUCCGCACUUCGUGCUACCUGCAAUUCCAUCAUCAACAACACCAGAAGAAAUUUCUCAUCAAGCCUUGUUGCUGCAACAUCGGGAACAGUGAAUACUGAGAAAUGGGCAAAACAAUUAAAUGCAUCAUUGAAGGAUACUGAUCCUGAAAUGUUUGAUAUUAUCGAACAUGAAAAGAAUAGACAAUAUAAGGGUCUACAAUUGAUUCCAUCAGAGAACUUUACUUCAAAAGCUGUAUUGGAUGCAUUGGGAAGUGUCAUGCAAAACAAGUACAGUGAAGGAUAUCCAGGGAAGCGUUAUUAUGGAGGAAACGAAUUUAUUGACAUGUCUGAAAGUUUGUGCCAAAAGAGAGCUCUUGAAGCAUUUAAUUUGGAUCCAAAUGAAUGGGGUGUCAAUGUCCAAAGUUUGAGCGGAUCACCAGCCAACUUUUACGUUUACACUGCAUUGCUUCAACCUCAUGAUAGAAUUCUUUCCUUGGAUUUACCACACGGAGGCCAUCUGUCACAUGGUUAUCAAACUCCAACAAAGAAGAUUUCUGCAGUCAGUAUUUAUUUUGAAACCAUGGGCUACCGAUUGAAUGAAGAAACAGGUUUGAUUGACUAUGCCAAGAUGGAAGAGUUAGCUGACUAUUACAGACCAAAAUUAGUUGUUGCUGGAGCUAGUGCUUAUUCUCGUUUGAUUGACUAUGCCUUCUUUAGAAAGGUCUGCGAUAAGCACAAUGCUUAUCUCGUUUCUGACAUGGCUCACAUCAGUGGUCUUGUUGCAGCAGGUGUGAUUCCAUCUCCAUUUGAACAUUCUCAUGUAGUGACCACCACCACUCACAAGAGUUUGAGAGGACCAAGAGGAGCCAUGAUUUUCUACAGAAAGAGCAUUGAAGGUCUUGAAGAAAAGAUCAAUGCUGCUGUCUUUCCAGGUCAUCAAGGUGGUCCACACAAUCAUACUAUUUCAGCUUUGGCUGUUUCCCUUAAACAAGCCACCACACCAGAAUAUAAGGAAUAUCAACAACAAGUGUUAAAGAAUUGUAAAGUCUUGACCGAAGAAAUGAAGAAACUCGGAUACAAGAUUGUGAGUGAUGGCACUGAUAACCAUUUACUUUUGGUCGAUUUGAGAAAUAAGGGUGUGGAUGGAGCUCGAGUUGAAGCAGUUCUCGAACGUUCUAGCAUUGCUGUCAACAAGAACACUGUACCAGGAGAUAAGUCUGCCAUGGUGCCUGGAGGUAUUCGUAUGGGAUCUCCUGCUCUCACCACUCGAGGAUUUUUGGAGAAGGACUUUGCUCAAGUGGCUCAAUUUGUUCAUGAGGUGUUCAAAUUGCAAUCAAGACCAAGAGUGAGCUUGAUAAGCAAGGAUUGA